CUUAAAGCUAUAGGUUUGUUGCAGGAUUUGAUUAUCUCAAACAACAAAAUACGACAAUGAAUUUGUAUACAUUUUUGGUCGCGAUUUUACUCUUUGGAAACGAAAUUCAUGGGUCAGAAAAUUUAGCCGUUAACAGACCAACAGACAUGAGUGAACCCGAACAAGAAUAUAAUCCUGAAAUUGUUGUAGACGGGGAUACUGACCAAGGGGAGUGUAUUCAAACGACUACACAAGUUGCUGAAGCUUGGUGGCAAGUUAGACUAAGAGAAGUAUCUACUAUAAACACUCUACACAUAUUUUACAAGGAAACUGAAACACCAUAUGUUCAGAAGAGGCGAUUUGCUGGAUUUUCAGUUUAUGUUUCCAAUGGUACAACAGUACCAUCUGGUGAGAGAUGUUAUCACCACGGAGGAGACAAAUAUCCAGAGUUAAACCAAGAAAUUGAGUGUAAAGCUGUAGGGAGAAUUGUCACCAUCAUUAUACAACGACCACCGGAAGAUGACUUCACCAAUUCUCUCUGUGUCUCCAAUCAUGCACUUCUGGAACUGUGUGAGGUGGAGGUUUAUGGUUGUGCUGUUGGUUUUUACGGAGUUGAGUGUACAAGUAAGUGCCCAACAGAUUGUGUGGAUGGUCAGUGUGAUCCGGUAACUGGAAAUUGUAGAUACGGCUGCCUAGAUGGUUACUUUGGACCUAAAUGUGAACAAGACUGUGAGACUGAUAUCACAGGAUGUAUAGGAGAGAAGUGCCCAGACAACUGUGCCUUUCAAAGCUGUGAUAUAUUUGGAGCAUGUCGGGAAGGUUGUCAAGCUGGUUGGCAGGGCACUGAUUGCACAUCACAAUGCGGAGCUGGGUUUUACGGAGAAAACUGCGAAACACGUUGUUUUUGUGAUCAUGGUGCUUGUGACAGACAGAAUGGGAGUUGUCCAGAUAGUAUGUGUUUGGAGGGUUGGGAACCUCCAACUUGUAGCAGAAUAGCCUUACAACAGUCUGGCAAUGGGGUUCCAGAGGGAAUGGUAUAUUCAUCUACAUUUUAUGCUGUUACAGCUGUGGCCGUCAUUAUCAAUACUGUACUUCUUGGGACAGUGGUCAAAUUAGCAUGCAGACUGAAGCUAUUUAAGAAACUACCGGGAAUUAAAGGGCCAAAGAAAAGGGUUCUAUCAGUGUUCAAGAGCAAGAAACGAAGUAACAGUACAGACAAACCUAACGCAAAGAAUAAACUAAAGCAACUACCAUCAAGCAAAGCAGUAAAUGACUACGCUCCACCUCCUAAUAAAGAUUAUUACCUAGACCCAGUCAACACCAGUAACAAUGAAGUUAACAACAGGCAAUCAAAGGCUGACAUGAAUAUUUAUGAUGGCUUAGAUGACGAGGAUUAUUACUCAAUCUCAAAGUAAAUCAAAUAUGAAAAAAAACAUAUUAGCAUUGAGACA